AUGGAGGACGUUCGUAGUCUGAGUAUUAUAGGCCAGCGUACUUUCGACGCGGACUCCUUUGGUUAUGAUCGCUUAGGCGAGAUUGCCCAGGUUGCUGAGCGGGCGUUGUCCGUCAAUGCAACAAAUGUUGUACGUCACGAUCUCGAUAGACAUGUUGAGGUUCAUGACAUUUUGAGUCAAGAACUUGCACCCGUAGACCCGACCCAGCAACAUCCACCACCCAGACCUCCGAGGCGUUCGCGCAGGUCUCAGCGUGGGCGUGGGGGGCAAGAGACAAUCACAUCAUCUCAGCCACAUCAGUCCUCCCAGCAUGAGCAGUCUCAUAUUCCCUUCACUGGCGGUUUAUCCCAUCAGUCUCCACUCCAUUCUCGACAGCAUUCAGCCCAUCAGUCUCCACAUCAUUCAUCCCAUCAGUCUCCACAUCAUUCUUCGCCGACCCAACAGGCGUUUUACAGUCCGAUUAUGUCUCCCCUGCACCAGCAGUCCAAUUUUUCCUUCACUCAGUUUUCCUCCCCUCAGACUUCUCAGCGUCAGUUUGGAGAUUCUUUUAUUGACUUUUCUGGGUUUCAGCAGAGUUCGCUAGAUGGCCAGUCGAUACAUUACACGAGUAACUUUCUUUCGAGUAUGUUCGAGGGUGUUGCGGGUCAGCAUCAGGCUGAUAACCCAGCUGAGGGGACUCCACCGUUGGCUGUGAGUAAAGGCCAGAGAGUGAUGAAGGAGCCCGAUAGAUUGACUUAUAGCCUUUUUCGGGCUAAAAAAAAGCCCAAGAAGAAGUAG